AUGUGCGGAAGGCGCGCGCGGAGGAGGAACGGGCGCGCGGCGGAGAAACGGAAGGCCGGUUCCGUCACAAUGGACCUCCACGAUAAAGAAAUCCUGCCCGGGGAGAUUUUACCUGUGGUCGUUAUCGGUAACGGGCCCUCGGGGAUCUGCCUGUCCUACCUUUUGUCGGGCUACGCCCCCUACCUGUCGCCGGGGGCGUGGCACCCCAACCCGCUGCUGCACGCCAAGCUGCGCGAGCAGCCGCAGCGCUCGCUGCUGGACCAGGACCUGGAGUACCUGUGCGAGGGUCUGGAGGGCCGCUCCUCCAACCCGGUGGCGGUUCUGUUCGACUCGCUGCUGCUGCCCGACAGUGACUUCGGUCUGGAGCACUCCUCGCCGCUGGAGUGGCGCUACGAGCCGGAGCGCGCCGUUCCCCACCUGGUGCUGGGGAAGGGCCCGCCGGGGGGAGCCUGGCACGCCAUGGAGGGCUCCAUGCUGACCCUCAGCCUGGCUAACUGGAUGGAGCUACCUGGACUUAAACUGAAGGACUGGAUGAGAGACAAACGCAGGAAUGUGAGGAACGAUCGCGCCACGCCGGCGGAAAUAGCCUCCUACUACGAGCACUACGUCUCCCAGAUGGGCCUGGAGCAGAACUUCGCCUGCGGGACCACCGUUACCGCGGUAACCAGGCAGCCCGGCGGCCGCGACGGCGCCCCGCCCUGCUGGAGGGUGACGGGACUGCAGAGGAGGGAGGGCGAGGCGCUCGGGGUAACCCUGUGA